GUAGCACUGCGUCUUUAACGAUGUGGGCGGGGCUCAUCUCUGUCUGGAUGUGAGGCGGCCCAGCGUCCCACUAGCGGUGUGAAAACGGAGAGAAGUGAAGUUUCAGCAGGAGAAAACCAUGGCAGCUCCAUUCAGAUCACUUGUGGAAGAUUAUCCAAGAUACCUCAAAUCAUUUGAGCUUUUUCUGGAGCGCUCAUCAGAGCACCAGUGCAUGCAGGACUUCAUUCAUAAUACGCUACCAGACAUACUGGCAAGUAUUGGAGGGGGGAGAUCCGUUUUCAAUGUAAUGGGAGUAGGGAGUGGAGCAGGUGAGAUUGAUCUAGAGAUGCUUGCUCAGCUACACCUGAAACAUCCACAUGUCAAAGUCGACAAUGAAGUAGUGGAACCAAGCAAUGAUAUGCUGCACAAAUAUAAAGUUCGGGUGUCAACAACUCCAGAUCUUGAUCAUAUUAACUUUGAGUGGAAUAAGAUGACAGCAUCUGAAUUUGAAAAACACUGGCAACAGAAAAACCCUGGGGAAAAGAUGGACUUCAUUCACAUGAUACAGAUGCUGUACUACGUCACAGAUCCAGAGGCCACUGUCUCAUUUUUUCGGAGUCUUCUACACAAAGAUGGGAAACUCUUAAUCAUUCUGGUGUCAGGUGAGAGUGGAUGGGGAAAAUUAUGGACAACCUUUAAAAAACAACUGUGUAAUACUGAGAUCAGCCAGUGUGUUACUACAGGAGAUAUAAAGACCUUCCUAGACACUGAGGGCAUCCCCUACCGGAACUAUGAGCUUCUGUCCCAGAUGGACAUCACUGAGUGCUUCACUGAGGGAGACCAGGUGGGAGAACUUCUGCUGGAUUUCCUUACCGAGGUCAUAAAGUUCAGUAAGAAUGCUCCUGAAGACCUGAAGAAAGGAGUAUUGGACUUACUGAGACAUCCUGACUGCAGUAAAGAGGUGAAUGGCAGGAUCAUAUUCAACAACAACCUGGGAGUCUUAGUGGUUGAGCCGUAGCCCCAAGACUCCUUUAUAUCUCACCUG